CCUGUGUAGUACAGGGUAGUGCCCAGUUAACGUUCCGACUCCCGCCUAUCACGAUCGCGUCAAAUACGAGCAAUGCUACCAGACUUCGGUAAGAUGGGCAAAUCUUAGAAUAGAAGCAGGCGAGAUAUAGGCAGGGGGGGAGGUAAUGAGAGAGAAAAAGGAGGGAGAUAAAAUAGAAAGAGGGAAAACAGAACGACAGCGAAGAAACAAGAAAAUGAACCAAGAGAAAUCAAAGUACAGGCGGCAGUUUUAGAGCGUCUAGGAACCCGUCUAUUUAUCUACGUGACCGGAUACCGACCGAAACCAAGCCAACAAACACACCCCGGCCUGUCUACCUUAUCCGAACAUCCUCGUACUUGUCGGCCCCCAUUGUUGGUCUGCGACGGAACAGAUCAAUCCGCAAAGAAUCACCAUAACCUGCCCUUCCCCCCUCCCCGUCCCCCGUCGAGCCAGUAAGCCGUCGAAACGCCGUCGCACCCGACGGCGGGAGCGGAUAUGGCCACCGUCGGUGUGCUCGCGCUUCAAGGAGGCUUCGCCGAACACCUCAGCUGCCUGCGCAAGGCGGCCGCCCACCUCUCCGCUCGACCCCAGCCGCCGUCAUCGCCGAUACAUGCCCCGGGCCACUUCGACUUCAUCGAGGUGCGAACGCCGGGCCAGUUGGCUACUUGCGAUGGUUUGGUCAUACCCGGCGGGGAGAGCACCACGCUCUCGUUAGUAGCAGAGCAAUCCGGGCUGCUAGAGCCGCUGCGGCAAUUCGUCAAAGUGGACAAGAAGCCGACUUGGGGCACAUGCGCCGGCCUCAUCUUCCUGUGCGAGGAAGCCAGCGCGACGAAGCGAGGCGGCCAGGCGCUGAUCGGAGGCCUCUACGUCAAAGUCCACCGCAACCAUUUCGGCCGACAGAAAGAAAGCUUCGUGACGGACUUGGACCUGCCAUUUCUGUCCCAAGGCCACGAGGGCGGCGGUGUCAAGGCAGCUCCCUCGCCCUUCCCCGCCGUCUUCAUCCGAGCACCCGUCGUGGACCACAUACUGGCUGACGACAAAAACGAGGACGCAGAGAAGAGUCCGAAGGGGAAGGUCGAGGUGCUGGCAAUUCUGCCGGGGCGGCACGUCUCGAACCAGAAAGCGGCGGGAGCAGCGGCGCCGACCGCCAGUGCUCAGGGCUCUCAUACCACUCCCGCCGAAGGAGCGGGCGAUAUCGUGGCACUGCGACAGGGGAACGUGUUCGGGACGAGCUUCCACCCCGAGCUCACGGACGACAUUCGCAUCCACGUCUGGUGGUUAGAGCAGAUGACAAUGAGGCCACACCCAUGAAUAGGUACCAUGUUUCGAUUAGAAGAUAGAACGCUAGAGCCAGCAGCCAUCUCGUCGUGAGAGCGACAGCCGAAAGGCGCAGGCGAAUGAUACGAUGUCUAUCGAU